AUGGUACCAGAUCAGUCACCAACUCAUGGAGAAGUUGUUGAUAUCGGCGGCAGUUCUAUGGCCACCCAGGUUUCCAAAAGCCUGAGGCGAGCCUUGACUACCCAGUUUGGCCAGGAUGAAAGGCCUGUUUUCCCAGAUGAGCUUUUGUAUGACGAUGCUGGCUUGCGUAUUUGGAGCGAAAUCAUUUUCACUGAGAGUUUUUAUCAAACACAUAGUGAGAUCAAGCUUCUUGAAGAGCAUGGCCCCGAACUUGUUGCCCUUCUUCAAGAUGAAGUGACGCUGAUCGACCUGGGAGCUGGUGACACUCGCAAGGUAGAGCACCUCCUUUCGGUUUUUGAGUCUAUCCAAAAGCCUGCCACAUAUUUGGCAUUGGACAUCUCCAAAGCCUCGAUCCAGCACAACGUUGCGUACUUGGUCGAGAAGCAUCCGGCAGCCAGUUCGACUGUGAAAUGCGCCGGCCUCUGGGGGACUUUUCAAGAUGGCAAGAAGCAGGUCGAGAAAAUCAAGACUCCUCGACUAUUCCUCUCCCUGGGUUCCGUCCUCUGCAACGACCCGUGGCCUCGGGCGUUGGAGCAUCUCCAAUACUGGGUUGAUGCAAUGGUGCCUGGCGAUCUGCUCCUUGUGGGAAUGGACGGCCACACACUGCCUGAUGAUGAGGAAAAGAUUUGGAACUCGUACCAUGAGGGCCACGAUCUGUACCAUAAAUUCUUCUUGAAUGGGCUCGAGCAUGCCAACCGACUGUUGGGCGAGAAGUGCUUCAAAGAGCACGACUGGGAGUUUGGUGCUGAGCUCGGAGUUGAUGGAAAGGCGACCCGGCAUCGGUUCAUCCUCCGUGCCAAAAAUGAAGUCAAAAUCGGAGCGCACGACCGUGUGAUCAAGCAAGGUGAAGAGUUCGAUUGGUUCGACAGUCACAAGUACACCGAGCAGGAUGUGACCCUGAUGUGUUCCCAGGCGGGCUUGGCUGUCUUGAAAGUGUGGCAAGCUCCGCAGUCCAACUUCAGACAAUACCUGCUCACGCUGAAGGGCAAGAACGAUUGA